GGCUCGCUUGUCGGUCAGAGCGCGCCUGCCUCGCGCGCGUGCGCUCGCUUGCCCUAAAAUCGCUCUGCGCGUCCCCGCUCGUCGCUCUGAAAUGGUUCGCUCCACAGCAACCGAGGGGACGUAAAAAAACGUAUACUUAUCCGGGGAUCUACCAAAACGACAGGACAGGCUAACCCGGGUACAUUUAGAUCGGAAUAGGAUGUCAACAAUUAUUAUCGAUCGGCUAUGCGCAGUCAGGCUCAUACACAAAGAGAUAUGCUGCUCGGUGCAGUCGUUCACCAGCUGCCUCAGCUAUUAAACAUAAUUACAGCGGCACUGUAAUCAUUGCCAGGAGUGGGACGCGACUGAGUGGGUGUCCGUACGUGGCACGCUUAUAGACGCACCGCAGCAGGAUCACACCGAGGCAAAUCGCUGUGGUCUGCAACCCCGCCGUGCGUGCGUACACUGCGUGGACAACAUUAGCAUCGGGCAUCAGCGCCGGAUGGGGCGAUCAUAGGACGCGAAACAGGCGACUGGCUGGGGUUGCGAGAGAUGCUGCUCACCGACGCGCCUUCCUGGAUCGUGCGACUCAGCACAGGAGGCAGCCGAAGGACACAGAACUAUUGCGAGGGUGUAUGUUGUGGGACUGGUGACAUCCCAUAAUAUCCCUGCUGGCCCCCAUCCCUCGCCCCCCCGCCCCAUCCCCCCCCGCUGAACCCCUACUGCAACUACUGCCAGUUUCACUCUCACUCUCCACGACCUGGUCACCAUGACGACGACCUUGCAGACGCUGCUGGCCUCUAAGUUGGACCCGCCCUCCCAGGACGUGGGCUCCGAGCGAUUGGACGGCUGUGAGGAUGGGGGCCGGCGCUAUGAGGUUGUGCCCUCGGUGGUCUGCUCCAUGUGCUGCCUCUUCGGCAUCAUCUACUGCUUCUUCGGCUACCGCUGCUUCAAGGCGGUGAUGUUCCUGACGGGUCUGAUGUUCGGCUCGGUCAUCAUCUUCAUGCUCUGCUACAAGGAGCGCGUGCUGGACACGCAGCUGAGCGUGGAGGCGUCGGUGGGCAUCGGUCUGGGCAUCGGCACGCUGUGCGGCCUGGUCACCAUGCUGGUGCGCAGCGUGGGGCUCUUCAUGGUGGGGCUGCUGCUGGGGCUGCUCUGUGGCGUGGGCACGCUGGCAGGCAUGGAGGAGCUGUCGGCGGCGCCGCCGCGCACCGUCUGGGUCCCGCUGGGCGUCCUCCUCGGCCUGGGCAUGCUCUUCGCUGUGCUGACCCUCCAGUGGCAACGCUGCUUCGUCACGCUGUCCACCGCCGUCUUCGGCGCGGCGGUCAUCGUGGUAGCCGUGGACUACUUCGUGGAGGUGUUCGCACUGGUGCGCUACGUGCUGGAGCGGGUCAAGGCCUCGCCGCGUACCCGGCCCGUCUGCUGGGUCACCUGGGUGGUGCUGGGCACCUGGCCGGCCCUCGCCCUGCUGGGGGUGCUGGUCCAGUGGAGGGUCACGGCCGAGGGAUACUCACACACUAAAGUGGUCAUCAGCAGGCAGCAGAGACGUGUCCAGCUGAUGCGUAUCCGCCAGAAGGAGGAUCGGCGUGAGAGCGGACGCAAGAAGAAGAGGAAGCAGCCGCCCAAUCAUCCUCAUCCUCACACACACACACACCCGCCCAAAGCCAUGCACCCCGAGCCCGCCUACCGACGCAAGCCGCAGCCCAUACGCCGCUACGACGGGGACGUGCUCUCGCCUAGUUACAUCCAGAGUUUCCGAGACAGGCAGGUGGAGGCGCGGGCGUACCCAGUGGGGCGGCUUCAGGAGGGACACACCUCCGUGGACAUGGACUACGACUGCGGCUCCACCGUGCCCUUGACCUCUGCCGCUGCCGCUGCGGUCGCUGCCGGACCCUCCAACCUCCGCAUCUGACCUCUGACCCCUCAACUCUGACCUGAGGUCACGCCUAGCAUCAGAGCUGCAUAGGGGUGGAGGCUGGCUUAGGCUGGCUGGCUGGUGUGUGUGUGUGUGAUGUGUGAGUGUCAACACUGGAUCAGGGAUGCCUCGAGCAGCGGUUCAAAACUUUCACUCAAACAAAAACUGCAUACACACAUGCAUACAAACACAUACAGACAUGUGGACUCUCACACACACA